AUGGGGAAAGAUUGGUCCUUCAAGCUUGAUGAUGCAUUAUGGGCAUACAAGACUGCAUUUAAAACUCCUAUUGGCAUGUCUCCAUAUAGGCUAGUGUUUGGAAAACCAUGUCAUCUUCCUGUUGAGUUAGAGCAUAAGGCAUAUUGGGCUAUUAAAUUUCUUAACUUUGAUUGGCAAGAUGCAGGUAUUCACAGGAAAUUGCAACUUAAUGAGAUGGAGGAAUGUCGUGAAGCAGCAUAUAAGAAUGCAUGGAUCUACAAGGACAGGACUAAGAGAUGGCAUGAUAAGCAUAUUAACAAGAAAGAGUUCAAGAUUGGAGAGAAAGUUCUUCUCUACAAUUCUAGGCUCAAGCUCUUCCCGAGCAAGUUGAAAUCAAGAUGGUAUGGUCAUUUCACUGUUAAGCAGGUACAUCCUUAUGGCGUUGUGGAGAUUUUCAAGGACACUGAAGAACCUUUCAAGGUUAAUGGACAUAGCCUAAAGCACUAUGAAGAUGGUGGAUUCGAGAAGGGAAACUCAGUCCUUCAGCUGCAAGAGCCAAACUAG